UGUUGGUCGCUUGUGCGUCGCGUCUCGCGCGUUUCGACAAGAUGGCGGCGGAGCAAGAAACAAAUAUUAAGUUUGUACAAGAAAUUGAAAAACAUGCUUGUUUAUAUAACUACAAACUACCUGAAUACAUGCGAAAAAAUAUAAUAGACAAGACUUGGGCAGAAAUUGGGAACAAAUUUCAAAUAACAGGAUCAGAAGCUAAAGAAAAGUGGAAAAAUCUACGUAGUGUUUUUGUUCGCCACUUGAAACCGGCCAAAAGUGGAGCAGGUACUGCACAAAAAAAACCAUACUACUUAGCAGACUAUAUGCAAUUUACUGUACCCUUCAUAAAAACAGCAGGAAAACCAUCAGGAAAUUUGAAAGAGACGAUAGAACCACAGACACCUGAUCUUGAACUAUGUGAACAAACACAGUUCACAGAAAAUGUACCUACAAGCACUCAACCAAUCUCGCAACAGCAAUCAUCUCUUCCUUCUACUAGUACAAACACUCAACCAAUCUCGCAACAGCUAUCAUCUCUUCCUUCUACUUGUCGCGGCAGCGCUGACUGA